AUGAACACGAUUACAAAAAGGUUUGCGGCCACGAGUAAUUCAACGUGGCCAAGUGUACUUCAACGCAACCAAAAAGCAUGUAAAACAGAAGAAAAUGUAAUUCGACGUGGCCAAGUGCAAUUCGACGCGUCCACGAGUGACUCGAAGCGGCCAAAUGUAAUUCAACGCGUCCAAGAAGCAUGUAAAACACAAGAGAAUAGUGGAUGCGUAGACCGAAUUAAAGACAACAUUGAGAGAGAAAGUGCAACGACUUCAGAUAAGCUAGAGGAACCUCAGGCUGAGAAGAUAAAGAGAGAACAUCCCAAAGAAUUGAAUCCAUAUUUGAAGAAUAAUGGAUCUGGUUAUCCAGAAGUCAAAGACGGGAAAAAGGCUGGGGGUGACCAACAUAUGUCUUCUUCUGUUGUUGGAGACGGGGGUGCCGGCUGGAGAUUAAAAGCCCUAUAUCAUGCUCAAGAGCAGGCGGCCCGAGAAGGAUGGAAUUUUAAGGAGGUUGUGGAAGAGCGGUGGGGAUCAAUGGGUCAACUAACGGUUUCUGUGGCAUCUCGUACAACUGCUUCAUCUCGUGCUCACCUCCAUGCCAUAAACAAUAGAAAGAGGGGCUUAACGGGGGAACACCAAACAAUUGUGGAGAAUCACAAUGAAAAGAUACCUGGCAAGAAUACUGGUGUAGAUAACCUGCGGGAUGUAUCUUGUUGUCGUUCAGAGAUGAAAGUGCCUAAACUUCAUGAUUCUUUAUCUUGGGGCAAGCAGAAGGAUUUCGGCCUUAUCUCUAGUGCAUUGUCAAGCUUAAAUGAGUUUGCAAAUGAUGGAAGCUCUAUGAAUGAAGUUACUCGUCAGAAGGAUGAUGAACCUGAAGGUUCUGUUGUCUCUCCAAACAGAGAGAAAAAAGUAGAGUCAGAGUCAAUACCUAGUGCAUCUUUUACGGUUGUUAACGAGGGAUAUUUUUUUUUUUUUUUGGAUCAACUUUAACGAGGGAU